AUGAAUAAAUACGUGAACAACGUCUUGUCGAUGACGAAUAUCGGCAAGAAACACAGUCAUUACUACACAAACAAGUGCCAAAAAUCGGAUGCCCACAAAAGUGAGUGUCGAGAUAUGGUCGACAGAAAUAAUGGAUCGAUUUUUGAGAUCCACAAUGGUUAUCACUUGAAUCUUUCUGCGAAGAUUGAGGGAAUUUUCGGAAAAAUUCGAUCAUCUCAAUUCAAUUUGUGCUUUACUUGUAUUUGCCAUGCCAUGAAUCUCACUUGUUCGUGGCCAUGUCUAACUGAUUCAUUGAGAUGUGCCUAUUUUUUGAUGAAGGAGGGAUUCUACGUGGAUUGCAUAAGAGAAGCGGUGGACAUCAAUAUUACGUUGGGAAUUUCCAGAUGUGAAAAAAAUCGAAACUGUGCACUGAAAUGUGUGGAGAACUAUUGGAUGAGAUAUGCUGAGAAUUGUUCUAGAGAUCUGACAGACUUUUGCAAGACAGUGACACGAAUUGUUUGGGCAGGACCAAGAUGUGUAGCGGAAAAGGAAAGCCUCAAAGCGGCAACGGAACAAGCGGUGGCAAACGUGAGCCAAUGUUACAACGAAGGCAUCAAAUAUGAUUUCCUCGAA